GGGAGGAGACAUCACAGGUGACAACAUGAAGCUCCACGUCGUGGCUGCCAUUCUUUUUGCCUUGGCGCUUGGACCAAAGGAAACGGAGUCCCAGUUAUUUCUGCCUUUUCUAGGAGGAGGAGGUGGCGUUCCUUCCCCAUUUAACUUGUUUAACAAGCUUGUUGCACCUUUUGGAAGAGGAACAGGAGGAGAAAGGCGUGCUCCCAGCAACUUCAGACCAGGUGAUUCUCAAAGUUGUGGUCAUCAGGCUCCUGUCCUUCAGAGCCAUGGGCUUCAAGGCAACACUCGCCAACCCUAUGGACCUCGGGUCUUUGGGGGUUUAAUUGGUCUUCAAAUCUAUGGUCAUCGACCCAAUGGUCCUACACCGUAUGUUUUCCAAGGCAAUGCUCCUCAACCCUAUGGUCCUCCUGGUCCCAGUUUUCAACCCUAUGGCAAUGGUCCUCCUCAACCCUAUGGUCCUCCUGGUCCCAGUUUUCAACCCUAUGGCAAUGGUCCUCCUCAACCCUAUGGUCCUCCUGGUCCCAGUUUUCAACCCUAUGGCAAUGGGCCUCCUCAACCCUAUGAUCCUCAUGGUCCCAGUUUUCAACCCUAUGGCAAUGGUCCUCCUCAACCCCAUGAUCCUGUAAACUAUGGCUACUCAGUUGAUAUAUCAAAGAGCCUUUCACUUUUGACGAAAAUUUUGGACAUUUUUAAACCUCAAGGGGGUGGCCAAGGAAAUGGUGGUGGUGCUGGCUAUUAUGGUGGCUCUGGUGCUUCUGUCUAUAAUGGUCAGGGCUCAGGUGGACUGGGCAACCAAGGAUAUGGUGGUGGUCCUGGCUACAUUGGUGGUUCUGGUUCAGGUGCUUCUGGCUACAAUGGUCAGGAAUCUCGUAACCAAAGAGGCCAAGGCUAUGGUGGUGGUCCUGUCUACAAUGGUGGGUCUGGUUCAGGCAUUUCUGGCUACAGUGGUCAGGGAUCUAGUGACCAGGGUGGCCAAGUCUCUGGCAGUGGUUCUGGUUCGGCUGCUGUCAGUUCUGGCUCUAAUGGCCAGGGCUAUGUUGGUCAGGGUGGACAAGGCUAUGGUGGUAGUCCUGGCUACAAUGGUGGCUCUGGUUCAGGUGCUUCUGACUACAACGGUCAGGGAUCUGGUGACCAGGGAGACCAAGGCUAUGGCGGAAGUCCUGGCUACAGUGGUGGUUCUGGUUCAGGUGGUUUUGGCUACAAUGAUCAGGGUGACCGAGCCUAUGGCAGUGGUUCUGGCUCCAAUGGCAGUGCUGGCAGUUCAGAUUCCAAUGGCCAGGGAUAUGGUGGUCAGCUUUUCCCACCUCCAGAAAAACACAAAUAUGAAUUUCAAGAGCCUCCACAAGCCAGACCAGAAAAUGAGCCUGUGAGGGCUCCACAGGCAACACCAUUUCCUCAGCCAAGACUGGUCAGGGCCUCAACGGAAUCCUCAACAACCAUAAUGAGAAAAUCUCCAGUUGCCAAUGGGAAACCAGCAGGACUCAUCACGCUCCUGGGGCGGAGCAUCUUAGGCUAAUGACUUCUUGCAGAGGAAAGAGGAAGCAGUAAUUGGGAGCUCCCAGACCAUACC